UGUAGCCAGCAUUAUGGGGAGCUGUCAGGUCGCCCACAUUUUCUACAGUCAUUGGUUCACGCUCUUUGCCAUACGCACCUGCUAUCUCUCCACUCACCGGCUGCGCAGGGCGGCGGCUCUGUGCUACUUGUCACAUAUCGUUUUACCAUUUAAGUCAGUAGUACUGGCUCUCUCUCUGGUUUAUCGUGCUUUCCGUAGUCGUGUUUCUGUGGAUCUCUAAUUUGCGUUCCCUCCCUGUGCACAGACCCUCCUGGACCCCUGCCUGUUUUACCUUGACUUUGUCGUGAGUUAGGAUAUUCGUAUGUGGACGUCGUGUAUCGUACAAAAGAGGACGUGUGAGUGACUGGCAAGUGAGAAGAGGAGUUUUGGACGUGUUCACUUUUCCCUGGAUUCCCGGGAGCACCCGUUGUUUAUAGCGCCUGGUGUCACUGUAAAUAAACUCUCUUUAACUGAAACCUUUCAGAGUUCUGCGCUUGAGUCCGCUCGUUCACGUUGACAGGAUCAGAAAUAACAAUUUAUCUUUCAGCUUUUAUUCUUGGUCAUGGAUGAUUUUGUGCGAAACAAACUGACUGAAUGGAAACUAAGUGACUGGAUUGAGGCAUUUGAAGCUCAAGAAAUUGAUAAGGACACUCUAUAUCAUCUCGAUGAUCAGGAAAUUAAUCAAUUGAUCACAAAAGCUGGACCUAGAGUGAAAUUCAACAAUAAACUAAAGCUGUUAAAGGAAGAGCAAAAUGCAACUCAACCACAAAAGGAAGCAGUUAAUACUUCUGUUCAAGAUUCGCCAUCCAAAAGUGAAAAGGAAAAAGAAAUCCAAAAAAGAAAGAGAAAGUCAGAUCAUCUUCAGGGUGAAUUCAGCCAAUGGCAACCAGCUCCUAAACAUCAAUACAACUGUGCAGCAGGAUCACAGUCAGAAACAGAAAUACUGUCUGAUGUCAAAGACAUAAUGAGACGUGUCAGUGAAGGACUACAUGGCCGUGACAAGCUCGGCGCUUUCCUAAAGGAUAAAAUCAAGGAUCUGGAGACAGAAAAAAGGCACCUGGUUGGUGUCUUUGGUAAAACUGGGGCUGGAAAGAGCUCUUUAAUCAAUGCCAUCAUUAAUAAUGAGGGCCUGUUGCCUUCUGGAAGUGUUUUUGCAUGUACCUCAGUAAUGAUAAAGGUGGAGGCUACCAGUGGAUCAAAGUAUGAGGCACACAUUAAGUUCAUUACAAAAGAGGAUUGGAAAAGCGAGUUGAAGUCACUAAAAGAGGUUCUUGAAAACAACGACGAUGAUGAUGAUGAUGAUGAUGAUGAUGAUGGUGGUGGUGGUGGUAGUAAUGAUGAUUUUCUUGACCCUGAUGGAAAGUUAUCAGCGCUGUAUGGAGAAGAGUGGAAAGAAAGAUCCACUCACAGCCUCAUGGACAACAAAUAUUUCAUAGAUAUUCCAGAGUUUCGAACAUCCAAGACAAAAAUUUUGAAAAGUGACUCAGCUGAAGGGUUGUCUGAAAAAUUUGUGAAAUAUACAAGAAGUGACUCAAAUGAGAGCGAAGAAGUAAAGAGGUGGUACUGGCCGCUUGUGAAGUGUGUGACUGUCAAAGUGCCAGACAAUGAUUUUCUUGAUCAUGUCACACUUGUGUACCUUCCUGCAAAUGGUGACUGUAACAGAAGCAGAGAUAGAAUGUGGACAGGGUUUGUUGCCAGUUGUUCAACUGUGUGGAUUGUGACUGAAAUGAAUCGAGCAGCAUCAGAAAAAGAAACCUGGGAGAUCCUGGAAAAUGCCAGAAGCCUGCUGAGACAUGGUGGCGAGUGUCAGCAAAUUCAUUUUAUCUGCACCAAGUCAGAUCAUGAAAAACCAGAUGAUCUAAAGAAAAUCAAGAGUGCAGUGAUGAAUGAAUUCAAAAGGCGGAAAUUAAUUAAGAAUCACUUCAGUGAGGAUUGUUUCAAAGUCUUCACAGUGAGCUCCACAGAGUUCCUCAAAGGGGAGAAUGUAAAUCCAGAUCACAAUGAAAUACCAAAACUUAAGGAAAUUUUGAAAAAUCUGAAUGAUGCUCAUUCAGAGACAUUAAACUAUGUGUCUGGAGCUUAUGGGAUUCUGUCUUUGAUUCAAGGAGCCAGAAGUGGAGAAGUGGUUGAACAAAAAAACGAUCUGUAUGAUCUCCUUGAGGGAAACUUGAGCAUCCAACUUAAUCAAGUCAAAAAAGCAAUUGGAAAAAUUAUAAAAGCUUUUGAACAACGCCUAAGUGAGGGAGUUGAAAAAUCCCAAAAUUUAUGUGAAAAAAAACUGAAGUCCUUCUUAUAUCCCAGUAAAAUGAGUGACAGAGCUUUUCACGGGACACUAAAGUCUGCAGUUAGGAAUGAUGGCGUCCAGAAACCAAAAAAAGGAAAACCAAAAAACCUCAACAUGACUUUAGCGUCUUACUUGACUGAAAGCAUUGAUGAAAAAUUCAGAAAGACCUUCCCAAACAACAUAAAAUGUGGACAUUUCAAUGGAGCCAUCGAUGCGUUUUCACUCAGCACUGAUUCAUUGAUUGAAAAGUACAAAGAUGUUGAACUGCAAUUGAUAUUUCUCCAGACAGAGGAAAAUAAAAUAAAGGCAAAGCUCAACAAAACCAUCCUCACACAAAAGAAACUGAUCUACAACAGUCUGACAGAGACAAUCAAGGAUAAUAUGAAAAAAUGCUAUAGAGAAGCAGCAGCAUUUGAAGGACGAGGCACCCUGAAGAAGAUGAGACACACUAUUGAAAGGCACGUGCACUCAAAGAAGUGCAUGUUUGAAGAGGCAAAAAAUGUCAUGUUGGAGCAGUUGAGCGAUUUGAAGGAAACCGUUCUGAGGACACUGGAGAAAACCAUGAAGGAAUCCAUUGACUUCUCACUCAAGACUGAGGCCUGCUCACUGCCAGAUGUUUCAGAUCAUCUUCAGGUGGUGAAGAAACAUUAUGAUGAACUUCAUGGCGGUCAAGAUGAAAAAAAGUAACCACACUGGCAGUUGAUCUGAUUUGCUUCACAGAAACAGCUGAGGCCUGAUGACCCACAGACAAUCUCUGAGGAAACACUGAUAGAGACAGGAGGUCCUUACAUAUUGUCACAAUAAUAUUUGUUUUGCUCUCUUUUAAUGAUAUGUUGAUGUGUACUUUUGACUUUUAAUGAAUUUUUUACACAGAGCAUUUUGAAUAUUAUAGAUAUUAAUUAAAACUGCUAAUUAAUUAAGAUAUUAGGUAAAACUGCUAAUAAUAAGGUAUUAAUCACAAGGGUCUAAAUCAUGCUUUGAUUUCUUUCUUUUUUUUUUAAAAAUUUGUAGUAGUUUUUAAUCACUUAUAGCAGAGCGUAAAGACAUGUAAUGCAUUUCCCGAUUUAAACCUGAGAUUUAUGGUUUUAAUUGUAAGAGUCUGAGAUUACAGUUUCCAAAAGCAUUUUGAUUUUGUUGCAUGUUUUAAAUAUCAUAAUUUAAUGUUUUAAGUUGAUGUGUAUACUGUUGGUUCAUUUGGAUGGGAGCAUUUAUUUUAAUGUAAUGCUUAUCAGUUAAACAUUAAGCCUUAUCCAGCACUGAAAUGAUAUUUAACACUUUUACUUCAUACUUCUAAAUACGAAUACUUGGUUUUUUUUGUAGUUAUAACAUGUGUGUACAUGACAAAUGAGAAAUAGGUGUAAGUAAAGCUGUAGAAAAUUAUCAGCUACUUCUGUCAUCUCCCUGCCAUUUUGCUUUUUCUGGGUUUGGAAUUAUCGAUGAAUAUAUUACAGUUUGGGUUUAGGUUGAGGGUUUUUUGUGUUAUUUUUUGUUAUUAUUUUAAGUGUAUUACAUUUUAUUUACUUCUGUGCACAUUGCUGAAUUCCUGCUUUGUUUUUUUUGUUUUCAUUAAGUCUCUCGUGUUUCCUCCCCCGACAAUGUGUUGUGGAUUUUAUUAUGGCAUAUAUACCUGUAUACACUAGACAUGUAAUCACAGUUACUCUCAUAAAUUGUGUUUAAUAACAUAUACUCAUAUAUACUAUGCAUACUCACAAUGAAGUGUUUAUAUAGUGGAGUCACUGUGUUAGGCAUUUACCUUGCAUGUUUAAAUCACAUGACCCAUAUAUUUAGGUUAAAUAUAUCUACCAUUGUAUUAAUGAAAGAUUUGUGCCACUUGUUGUAUGAACACAUGUUGAUUAAUACUGUUUGAAAAUGUAACAAUGAGGAUCAGGAAGACACCUUUGAUAGUGUUAUGGCCAACUGUGACUAGUCCAACAAACGGUUAAUUCAGCUUGAGACUGCUAAAGUAUGGGCAUAGGACACUUCUUGGUAUGCAGCUGCCUUUAACUGUGCAGCAUAAGCAUGCAGCUGCGUUUAACUGGACUGCUUCGGGGCGUGUGCAGCCCUUUAAAAACGACUGUACAACAGAAGCAUGCAGCUCUUUGGAGGGCUGUAAAGGAAAGGCCUGGGGCCUUUUCUGGGGCUGUAAGAUAAAAGCGUGCAGCUCCUUAAACGGCUGUACGGUAAAAGCAUGCAGCCCUCUAAGUGACUGUAAAACAAAAGCAUACAGCUCUGUGAAUGACUGUAAAGCAAAAGCAGGCAGCUCUUUAAAUGACUGUAAAGCUGAAGUGUACAGCCCUUUCAAUAUCUCUAUAAGCAAACAAACCUGGCCUUUGCAGGGCAUGUACCUGGGAUUUUGCUCGUUUGACAAUUUAUCAAUUAUUAAAGCUCACUGGUGGUCACAUUGUUUAUUUUGACUCCUGUUGUAGUCCCUUAACUGUGUUUUUACUCCAGCACAUUGUGAUGCAUCUAAUAUACCAUUUAGUUUUCUUGCUUCCUUAUCUGUAAUGAUUCUAAAAGAAUGCAUGUAUUUGAUAUUGUAUACUGUUCAAUAAAUCUUAAGUGCAAGCAAA